AUGUCACUAUCAAGAUUUCUCUCGAGGUCCUCCGCCCGGGCGGCUUCCACAUCCUCUACCGCCCAACUCACCAAAGCUGCUGGUGAUAUCUCUUCAGUCUUUCCGUCGUUAAGAAAAGACUACAAACCGGAGCCAUUACCGCCUCGAUUUAAGGAGUUGAAAGAGCGAGUUUUCCGAAAAAAUGAGGAUGCGUUGAAGAAGAGUUGGGAGCGAUUACUCCCAAGCUUGGAGGAAGAGGUGCACAAGAUCAAAUCUAAAGGGAGCGAUAUUAUCCCUUCUGUUGAGUAUGCUGAUGUCAUUUCCGGCAAUGUGUCUUCAGAUAUUCUGGCCGAGAUCCGUCAUCGAGGAUCUGUAGUGGUCAGAAAUGUGCUUCCGCGGAAUGAAGCACGAAGCUACAAAGAGCAGAUAGAGGAAUACGUGGCUGCAAAUCAGGAGCGAGUCAAAGCUUUCCCUCCUGACUCACCGGCAGUCUUUGAAUUGUACUGGACACCUUCGCAGGCACGUGCACGAGCCCAUGCCAACCUGCUGGAGACACAGCGCUUCCUGCAGACUCUCUGGCACUCGUCAGAUCCGAAGACACGCAUUUCAACGCGGAAUCCCCUUACAUACGCAGAUCGUCUGCGAAUUCGCCAGCCAGGUGACGGCAAGUUCACACUCGGUCCGCAUAUAGAUGGCGGCAGCCUCGAGAGAUGGGAAGAUGAGGAGUAUUCGAAAGUGUACGCCAAGAUCCUUGAAGGCAAGUGGGAAGAGUAUGACCCCUGGGAUGCGAAGCAUAGGGUCACUGCAAAGAUGGACCUCUAUAACGGUGCUGGAGCCUGCUCCAUGCUGAGAUUCUUCCAAGGUUGGCUCUCGAUGUCCAAGACAGCUCCAGGUGAAGGGUCAUUACACGUCUGUCCUAUGAUUGUCCACAGUACAGCAUACACGAUGUUGAGGCCGUUUUUCGAUGUCGAGACUCUGCAACCAGCUCUCGACGCGACAUUCCCUGGUUCCGUCCCAGGGGCUUGUCAAGAGUACAACCCAGUGACUCACCCACAUCUUGAGCUCGAGACAACCAUGGUGUCCGUGCCAGAAGUUGCUCCUGGUGAUUACGUGGCUUGGCACUGCGACUCGCUGCACAGUGUCGACAAGGAGCACCGAGGCAAGGGUGACUCGAGCGUGCUAUACAUCCCUGCCACGCCCAUGUGCGACAUGAAUGUUGACUACCUGCUUAAACAGCGGCGAGCGGCACUGGAUUACUCUCCGCCAUGGGAUUUCCCUGGAGCUGGCGGACCCGGAGAAAUCGGGUUCAAGGGCGCUCUGGACUGGAACUCAAUCAAUAAGGAAGGACAGCGAGCAAUGGGAUUGGGCGAGCAGCCGUGGAAGAUCACAGACGAUAUGACUGAAGGCGAGAGGAAAGUUGUUGAGGCCGCAAACAAGGCGUGCUUUGGGAGAGUCUAG